AUGGGAAGCAGGCGACACUAUUCUUCCGCUUUCUACUUAUCAUCGUCAUCAUCAUCUUAUGUAUUCUCCAGUGUUGUUUUAUAUUUCAUUAUUUCAUUACUAACGUCAAUUGAAACAAGUGAACAAAUACAAUUCAAUGAAUUACACGCCUAUGAUCCAAUGAAAUGUCGAUCAACAAAUUAUCGUGGAAAAGUGAAUAUUGCUUUCGAUGGAACUGAAUGUUUAGAUUGGAAAGAUCAUAAAUCAUUUUAUAAACCUUAUUGGACGGAUGAAGAAGCUAUAAAAAAUCAAAAUUAUUGUCGUAAUCCUGGAAAUGAUUCAAAUGGACCAUGGUGUGUUGUUGGCGUGGGAAGAUUUAAAUACUGUGAUGUACCAAGAUGUGCUGAACAUGUUGGAUGUUAUGAAGGGAACGGUGAAGAUUAUAAUGGUGACCAAGAUCAAAUCUCAGAUGGACAGCCUUGUGCAAAAUGGCGAAUCAGUAAUUCGCGUAAAGAUCUCGGCAAUAAUGCUUCUAGUACAUCAGAUCCAGAGAUGGAAAAUUUUCGUGCCUGUCGAAAUCCCGGUGGUAUUAGAUCUCAACCGUGGUGUUAUCCUUUAAAUGGUCGAGGUGUCUCUUCUGGAGUACAAUAUUGUGAUAUUCCAAAAUGCUCUGAUCCCGGUAUCCUUGGCUAUCCAAUCUUUAUUAAUGGUAGUCAGUGUAUGACUAACUUUGUGCUGCAAAAACAACUUGUCAAAUUAGAGUCAUCUGCAGUUGUUGAAGUUCAGUAUUGUGUAGCACCGCAUGGAUUUAUUUAUCAACGACAUCGUGAAACACAUCUGCAUAAAUUCAAUCAUUUCUGUUUAUUCCUAGUUGGGAAAACAACCUACUGCCCUUCAGGUUUUAUUCGUACUAGACGAUUUCAGCCAAGUUUAGAGUUUAUUAGUCACGUUUCUGGCCCAACAGCUUGGCGGCCAACAUUUGAUAAUAUUUUACAGAUUAUAACAUGCUGUGUACAACCAGAAUUUUGGAGUAAUUCUACACAAAAUCCAUAUAUAUCUGUAGAAAUGAUAACAAAGCAUAAAGGCGAUUAUGACAGUUUAAGUAAUAGUAAUAUAAUGAAAGAAACAUCUGAAUCACGUACACAAGAUUCUACAUUAUCAUCGUAUACAACUGAUGCUGAUGAUUGGUUUUAUUUAAAACCCAGACGAAGAAUAACAGUUGGUGGAUUCUUUCCCCCACGUCGUCGUAAAUGGAUAACACGAUGGAAGCGUUCAGAUGAUGAUAUUUAUUCAGAUGACAGUACACUGGAGACGACAAACGCAAACUCAUCUUCAUCAACCUCAUCCAUGUUAUACACAUCUGAAAUUCUGCCUACACCAUCGUCUACCUUUUCGACACCACCAUUAUUCGUCUCAAUUCAUCAAUGUCCACCAGUCGAGGGGACAAACAGAUUAAUUGCACCACUGUUUCGCAAUGUUAUCCCUGAUCAGACACUUGGUGAUGUCCUACAAAAUUUAUUUCCAGAAAUAAGUUGUGAAUAUCGGGAAGCCAAAUCGGAGAUUCUACCGAAUACUGAAACUAGAGUUAGUCGACUCGCUUUACUAGUCAAUGAACCAACAUGUCCAAUUGCCUUUAAAAAGACUCAAAUCUCUCGACGUGUUGUCUUCAUUCUUGGUACAAGUGUCAGUCUUUGCUGGUCUACAAGUCGAUAUAAAGCUGAUUUUAUAUCAGUUAAAAAUCAACUACCGAUAGGAAAUUAUUGCAUGAUAUCAGAUAAUACAUUUGAUACCUCAAUAUCAAAUAGUUUCAGUGAAAAUGAUAAAGACAAAAGUUAUAAUUAUAAGUGUCCACAAGGCUUACGACAGAAUGAAAUCAAUUUUAUACAAGUUGGCUAUCGUUUGACAUUGUGCUGUUCAUCGAAUGCACCAGCAAAUUUAACAGAAGUAGACGAUGAAUCCAUGCCACCAAUAGAUAAGUCAAACUAUCAAGCUCCGCUUGGAAUUACUCCACCAUUUGCUGUCAUUCAAAAUGGUCCAAUUUGUCCAACAUUUUAUGCUGGUGACACUAAAUUGGCAUUGGUUCAAUACAAUCGUCCAAUACCUCGUCCGUAUGGUGAUCAAAUUGAAUUAAUUGGACCAGAUGAUCCUGUUAAAUUGUACGGAAUCCCAAGUUUAGUUAUUUGUCAAUAUUUAAAUCAAGGAACCAAAAUUGGUGUCAAAUCUCUACGUUACAACUGUGAUGGUUUGGGAUAUCGACAUAUGAUAAAUUAUGAUGGAGCUACUUGUGGAUUUGAGACUAACUCCAGCGUUAUUUUCCCACCAGGAAAAUACUGUUUCCUUCAGUUAUCGGUGACAUGUCCUCCAGGCUUCAUUUCAAAAAGUGGUGUUGUACGUUUAGGUUUUACAUUGGAAAAUUCAGGCAGAGCAUGUUGUCGUAAUGAAGAGUCAAUAGGUGCAAUUAAACUGCCAAUUAAUCUGAAAGCUCCAUUUAAACUACCUGCUGUUUAUCAACCUUGUCAAACCAUAGAAAAUUUCAACGUUGAUGCUGAAUUACACCAAUGUGUAUAUUAUCCAAAAGGAAACAGGUCACACUUUAUGCUUGUCUGGCCACGUGUUGUAUCCGGUGUAAAUGAAACCGGUGAAGUCAGUGAUAACAGUAAUAAAACCUCUGUCCCAAAACAUUGCUCAAAGUUGCCGAGAAAAAGAGCUGGAUUCCGACGAAGUCAACUGGGACGAUUGUCAACCUUAUUCUUUAACAUCAUGCAAGAUCAAUGGCUUACAUAUAAACGACCUCGAUGGACAACACGUGGAACUGAUACUGGUGAAAUAUGCUUUAAUGAAGUGAAUCUAGACAAUCUACCCACACUGGCUAAUGGUCCAUCAGGUUAUUGUAUUUCUGUAUUUGGCAGCUGUCCGUAUAAAUUCUUUAUAGAGAGUGGAGCUGCACCAUAUAUGAAUACUGUGAUAUGUUGUUUAUCUAGAGAAUAUAUGCCUGAUAUAGAGAAACAGAAAUCUCAAACACCGUCAUCAUCAUCGGCAGCAACAGUUCAAUCAUUUGUUACACUUGGUUACCCAUCACCAGAGGAUAAAAAAGCCUUAGUUAAUUUCACUGGUACAAAGGUAUUGAAUACAUAUGAACAAAUUAAAGAUUAUAAAUACUGUCCACAAUUCUAUGAUAUACAAUUGAAACGUCGUGUUGUAGAAAGUAUGUUUGUUCCAGAGAGUUUAUCACGUGGACUAUGGUAUCGACAAAGGAAUAUACUCACGCUAUUCAAUGUGACUAAACAGAAUGCUAUGCUGUUUGAAUCACUGACUGGUAUUUGGUUGGAUAAUGCCAUUGUACAUGUUAUAUAUUGUGAAUAUGGGACUAGUAAAACACCUGUUGAUGAUCAUCAAGGUUGGCCUGUUGCAAAUUAUGCUAUACCGAAAUCUUUAAAUAAUUGUCCCAAAGGUUCAGUGAAAGCCACAAUGAGGCAUCAACAGGAUAGAUAUGGAUUCCAUUAUUCCCAACCAAUACACUUGGACGGAGUCUACUUUAAGCGUAAAAAGGAUGUAUUAUUAGAUUAUUGUGUAUUUACUGAUCAUCAUAAUAGCUAUCGUACAGGGAACUAUGGAGCAGAAGAAUCAUUACCAGCUGGACACUACUGUGUUUUACGCGUUAAUGGCAACUGUCCAACAGAUUUCACUGAGGGAGUUUUAAGUAUACUAGAAGGUCCAGAGAAGUUGGAUCGUUCGAAAGAUAGCCUGGAUUCAAGCAUCAACUCAAAUUUGGAUCCAACGCAACAGUCAUCUCCAACACCAGAUAUUAUUCGUAUUCGAGCGCAUAUGAAACAGAGUAAAUCAAAAAUUGAUCGACUGAAUUACCACUUUUGUUGUCGAACUGAUUCACCAAGUGUUGAUACGCCUAUUGAAGGUUUUCCACCGGAAAGUGGUCCAUUCUAUUUGUACAGGGUUGGAGAUAAAUGUCAACAGAUUGCUGGAAUGCAUGUCACAGAGGAGUAUAUCUGUGUAGAUGCACCGAAUAAAGGUGAUCCAAACUGGUGGUCCAUCGAUCAAAAUCAUACCUGGUCACCAUAUAAUGUUAAAGGCAUAGCACCAGCACGUGUACCAUAUCAUGAUUUCUGUGAUGUUGAAAUUAAUCUGUGCUAUUAUGAACAAGCUCCUUCAUCUACUGAAAAUGAAGAAACAGAGAGUUAUCAGAUUGAAGGUGAAUGGCCAAUAGGUCAAUAUGCUUUACCAAAUGUACAUAGAAAUGAUUUAAAUAAAGCCUGUCCACCAGGAUUUACACAACACUAUUAUUCAUUGAUCAAUAAUCAAGCCGCAUUUUUGAAUUAG